AUGCUCACCCUCCCUUCCCCUCCCCAAAGUCGAAACUCCUCAGCGCAAGACUCAUACGCAACGAGCUUCGACGAUAUCAACGAGGAGGAACCGAGGGGUCGCGCAGACAACAAGUCAGGAACAGACAGAAACUCGACACAUAAAGAGGGGAAGGGAAACGUGGUUGUUAGUGUUCGCGUGCGGCCUGACGCGAGCAGCAACGAUGGGAAGCAUGACGAGUGGGAGGUCAACGCCAAAAAGUCGUCAGUGGCUUAUAGAGGGCGGGAAGGCGGGGACUAUAUUUAUGACAUAGAUAAUGUUUUCGACACACAAGACAACAAUGCACGAGUGUAUGACGCAGCAGCCAAGCGCUUGGUGCGACGAGUUAUGGAGGGCUAUCAUGGAACGGUCUUCGCAUACGGCAUGACCGGCACUGGAAAAACCUUUUCCAUGCAGGGUACAGCAACAUCUCCAGGUGUCAUUCCACUCGCUAUCACGGACAUCUUCUCCUUCAUUCGAGAAACUCCAGACCGCGAAUUCCUCCUCCGAGUAAGCUAUCUUGAGAUCUACAACGAGAGAAUUCAUGACCUUCUUUCGUUUUCGACCGCCACGGCCAUGAAUGGUACUUUGCUACCACAAGAGGAAAUUAAACUACGGGAGGACAGCAAGCGUGGAGUCUACGCCACUCCUCUCAAGGAAGAGAUUGUACAGAGCCCUACACAACUUUUGCGCGUCAUUGCCAGAGGUGACAACGCGAGGAAGGUGGCUGGCACUCAGUACAAUGCGCGCAGUUCCCGCAGUCACGCCGUGGUCCAGAUUGUUGUGGAGAGCCGCGAGAGACAGCCACCAGGAGGCACCAGCUUGCAAGACAGCAAGCGGUCUGCUAUUGGUCCAGGAGGAGUCCGUGUCUCUACGCUGAGUCUGAUCGAUUUGGCGGGAUCCGAGAAAGCCGCGGAGAACAAGGAACGAAGAACAGAAGGCUCCCACAUCAACAAGAGUUUGUUGACAUUGGGCACCGUCAUCGCACGCCUCUCCACCGACAAGGAAAAGGCCGAUGCGGGCAAGGCAGGCACAAAAGGAGACAAGCAUCUGCCUUACAGAGACAGCAAACUCACUCGACUACUCCAGGGCGCUCUAUCUGGAAACUCUCUCGUCAGCAUCCUGUGUACGAUUCAGAUCGGUUCCACAGGCAGUGCUGCCUUGGCAAACAGUCACACGGGCGAGACGCUCAAUACCCUUAAAUUUGCCUCGAGAGCUAAGAACAACAUUGUAAGCCACGCAAAGAAGGUGGAAGACGGUCUUGGCGAAAGGGCUCUUCUUGAUCGGUAUCGCAUAGAAAUUCAGGAGCUCCGCAAGCAACUAGAAGAGAAGUCGGCGAAGGAGUCUGGAGAUGGGGUUAAGGAAGUGAUUAUAAGAGAAGUCGUAAAAGAGGAGGAGAGAGAGAAAGACGAAGAGGAGGAAAAGGCACGCGAAAUGGAAGCCGAGCAGCGGCACGAGGAGCAGAUGCUCGAGAUGCAGCUAGCCAGGACCGCCCUGAAGGAGCGUAUCGAGCAUCUGAAUCGCCUGAUUCUCAGCUCAAAGUCGCUAGGGGUGAAUUCGGGACGUUCGUUUUCCUCGAUGGGCCUACACAGCCAAACGCACAACCGUGGAUCGAUACUAAGCAAUGGCGAUUUCCGGCCAGUAUCAGCGAGGUCUUCGGCGAGCCAUACUACACUCGAAGUUCCUACUGCCAACAGAACGUCGUCAGGAAGCUCCCCUCCAAUUGGCACAGCAAUUGGAGAGACGCCUUCCGAGGAAGAUGAUUCUUUGGGCGAGAAUGGAGACGGCACAGCGAGCCAAGCGGCACAGAUCCGGGCGUUACAGGCCGACCUUUCUGACAAGAACCGCUACAUCGGUACGCUUGAGAAAAGAUUGUUGCAGGCGAGGCGAUCAAGCCAGUCACGUGUUUCGAUGAGUUUGUCUCAUAAGGUAAUUGGAGGCGACGAUGGGGUUGAGAGACUCCUAUCAGAGAAGGACGCAGAGAUUGCAGACCUCCGCGCUAGGCUGGACGACAAGGAGAGGAUGGUGACGGCGCUGCGGUCUGCUGCGCGAAAGCGUGAGGUUGCAGACCUGGGCAUCGAUACUGCGUCAGCAAACGAGAGCCGGCGAUCCUCGCAUCAACGAAGCGAAGGGAGCACGGCGAGUUCCAAGUUCAGAGGGCCACCCAUCAGCCCGGUUGCGCUGCUCUCGCCUGCAUCGCAGAAGUCAGGCAAGGGCGUAGAUGAGAUGACGCGGAUCCUAGAUGAGAUGAUCUCGGAACGCGUGGACGGGGCGCACGGUGGUGCCAAGGGCGCAUCGCGGAGCAGCCUGCGCGCGGUGAGCGAGGCCAAGUAGGAGAAUUUGUGGGAAGAAGAAAAGGCGUGUGGGCAUUAGGUGUUUGGUGUUGGGCGGGCUGUAAAGAGCGAGGGAGGCGACUCGGCGAGCAAUCGCGACGGCAUUUUGUUGGCGUUGGUGUCUUCCAUUUCCUUGGGGAGGCUUGAACCUUGAUACCCUGUCUACUUUUCUUAUAUCGAGAUGGCCUGAUGCUGUAUGAUUAAUCGAGGAUGGGAGGAGAGACGCGGGCGGCUGCGGUACAAUAGUGAUGAAGCUUAAGUCGCGUGGUAUAACACGAACGAGUCAGACAGCGUGGAUUGGCCCCGUGGUGUUGCAGUCUGUGGUGAGAUUUGUCGCGUGCUGGGGA